CAUCAAUCAAUAUGUCGAAACCGCCAUCGUCAACCACCAAUAUCACCACCGUCACAAUCUCCUGCCACUGCCAAACCAAUCGUAUAAACGCCACGAUUCCAACGGCAAGUCUACCGCUGAAAUCGGCUCUCUGUCACUGUCAUUCCUGCCGCCAUGUCACGGGGCAGAUGUUUGCGACUUUUGCGGUGAUUCCUGCGGAUGUGCCUGGGGAGUUCCAGCAUAGCCAUAGUGGUGGUGGUGACGGUGAUGAUGGCACAGCCAAGGUGAUUAGAUAUCAAUCUUCACCGAAUAUUACUCGUGUGUCAUGUCGUGUAUGCGGUGCAAGUCUGGGAAACGUCGAGUAUGAACGAUCCAGCGCCAGUGGAGUCGAUGGGGAGGGGAAGGGAGAGGUUUUGGAAUGGGAGGCUGCAACUGGAUGUUUGUGCAUUUCCUCUGAUGGUAAGGAUGGAGUUGUAGGAGCGGUGGAAGGAGACAAUGCAAAGACAGAUCUUACAGGGAAAUUGGAUAGAGUACAGCUUUGGGUGGAGGAUGUGCAGGACGAUGGAGGUGCUGUUGGUUGGAUCAAUGCGGGUAAGUUGAGCGGUAUGAAUCGAUUUCGGCGUGGGAGAGAUUCAGACAUGGUCAUGGAUGAUGAGGUCAAAGCCAUGCUGGACUCUGGGAGUGCGACUUCUGGUGGUAAGCCAUCGUCAAUGUCGAUGUCAACGGCCGAAACAAAACUCCAGGUUCGGUGUCAUUGUGGGAAUGUCGACUUUGAUAUUACCCGGCCAGAACCAGAUUACAAUGAAGGCACGGGAAAAUUCCCUUCGUUUUUCGACACUUGUACAUCCUGUCGAACAGCGACGGGGUUUGAGAUCUUGAGUUGGAUUACGGUGCCUCGACGGUUGAUCAUGACUCCCGCUACGGACUUACAGAGUUAUCUAUCCGACUCUUCCAAGGUGACUCACUAUAAGACAUCAGAGUCGGUGGAUCGUUAUUUCUGUUCCAGGUGUGCAGCAUCCGUGUUCUACUACAAGCAUGGCUUGGACGACCUUGAUCUCAGUUUGGGCCUCUUGCAAUCGCACAGUAAUCGAGAGGCCAGGAUUCUGGACUGGUUGGAAUGGCAGAAGUAUCCGCAAGUCUUGUCAUAUACAGAAGAUGCAGUGGACGAGAACUUGGUUACAUCGUUGGCACAAGGUCUGAAAGUUGAACGAGGGGAGUCCACAGUAAACAAGACCUGAACAUGUCAACCAGGAUACAGUAUAGAAGCUACCUCUGGCUCUCUGAUAUGAUGAUUAAAUGGAC